UCAGUCUUCGAUAAACAGUCGAAGCAUAUGGACGUACUCUUGUUCAGUUGUCCGCAAAAAAAAUAUAAAGGUUCCUACUACAUCACAAACAAAUGAUAGUACCUAAAGCUUAACUAAGCAGACAGUCAGUAAUUGAAUAUACAGAGUAGGAAUCGCCGUCGCCAAUUUUUGGAUUGGAACCAAUCAGCGAUACAUCAGUUCAAGCUAAACAACCAGUGCCGCACAGCAUCCACCAGUCCGUCCAUCAGCAAUCAUAAUACUAAUAUCAGAUGUGUUAUCAUCAACAAGUGAGAGAAAAAGAGAAUUUCUCCAGAUAAGAGACGCAAUCCAGCAAAGUGAAGAAUAAUGUAAUUUUUUAACAGGGAGAAAGGAAGAGAUUCGGAGAGUGAAGUGAAAUUACGUCUUUUGUUGUAGAAUAUACCUUUUGAAAGCCAAAUUGGUAAUGGCAGUCGUGUAAAUGUUCCGUUGAAGUGUAGUGAAUUCGCCGUGGAAAAUCGGUGUACAAGUCUGUAACUUUGUCCCAAAAUUGCAUGUAUAGUGUGAAGAUCAAGUAGACCAGUGCGAGAAAUUGCGAAAAGCUGAAAGUGUACUGUUCCUAAUGUCUAGAAGAAAGCUAAGCAAAAAGGAAACAUUCUACACAAUCCGCAAGCACAGCUAGCGGCCUUUUGUGAAAUGAAUAGCUUCAAAUAAGAUUACAGCGAAAAGCCGGUGUGUGAACUUUCUAAAAAUACUCGUUUCAAGACAUAAUACAGUCGAGAAAUCGAAAAUUUCCACGCGCAUUUUCUCGAAGUGGACGCCGCCGUCGGAAUUGGUAGUCGUUAAUACUGCAAGGAUCAGGCAGCAAAAAAAAUUGAUCCACCAUACUACGCCAUACGUUGGGCGAAAAAAUAACGACCGUGCUACAAAGCUACCAAUUCGUGGAUAAUUCGCUCCAUUCGACGUGUCAGUGCAAUACCAAUCAACUGAGCCAAGUAGGCGUUGCUUCGUAUUCGGAUUUGAGUGACAAUUCCGCUCGUCCGUACCCCCAUCUGGAAGGGUGUCCAACUUGGUGAAUGCCAGCCUACGCAGAGAUGCUGGUAUCCCAAAGUCCACCGAUCUACAAUCACUCACUCGUGGAUUACAUUUCGAGUCAAACCGGCGACGGGUCACGCUUCGGCUACGGUGGCGUACCUCCGACGACCCGUAGCUACUGUCGACCGGCGUCACUGAAGCUUACUCCACCGCCCUUGCGCCGCCAGCUGACGCCACCUUGCCCGAUCAGCUCUAAGAUGCCGGCGUCACCGAGACGAUCGUGUCUGGUGGUACGACCGGAAGACCUGAGCCCGGAGGAGGAGCACACGAUUGAUCUGCACGGCUCCCUGGACCCCAGUCACGAUAAGCAUCGGAACAAGAAGAAGGUAGUCUUCGCCGAUGAUCAGGGCGGCCAGCUGACGCAGGUGCGCGUCAUGGAGGAAGCGUCCUACAUGCCUCCGAACUGGAGCUUGCAAUUUCUGGCGCAUGUCACGCAGGGUAUGAUCAGUCCCGUGCCCCAGGAGCAGUGGAUGGUGGACUUUAGGCAACCGGCCAGUGCCUACCUGGAGUUCCGCCAGAAGGUAGAGGAGAAGAACGUUUCGCUGGAGAAUGUGAUCAUCAAGGAAACGGAACACCUGAUCGUCGGUACGGUCAAGGUGAAAAACAUCAGCUACAACAAGGAAGUCAUCGUCCGGUCGACCUGUGAUGCCUGGAAAACCCACGAGGACACCUACUGCACGUAUACUGUGGUUGGCAGCGGUUUGGCGUCCGCCUACAUGGUAUACGACACCUUCUCCUUCAAGCUAACUCUUCCUCCUAAGUCCAGACGGAUUGAGUUCUGCGUUUGCUACAAAUGUGAAGCCGGCGAGUUCUGGGAUAAUUAUGAUGGUCGCAACUAUUCGCUCACGAACCGCGUCAUGCCCCGUCAGGACUCCAGCAUAUUCUUCCCCUCGCAUACCUAUAGUAGUAGUAACAGUAAUAAUACUAGUAACAGCAACAACAGCACCUCUCCCAAUAGUACAAACACCACCACCACAACCAUCAAUGAGCAAUGUUCCAGUUUAAGUGCCUAUAGUAGUUCUCAGUAUGUGGACCCAACGGUCGAUCUGGACACGUGGCGUCACAUGCACCCGGAGGCCCAUGAUGGACCAUAUUGUACGGACAACCACUCCCCCCAAGAGGACUACGACUCAGAGACUUCCGACUCCCGAGCAUCGACCCCGGACCUGCAGCUAGCACCCGUUGCUGCUCCAUCGCUGCAGUCCUCCGCCAACAGCCAACAGUCAGCACCCUCCAGACAGUCAGCGGACGUUUUCUCAACGACGGUGACUCGAUCCGAGUCUCUGAAAAUUCCCAGCACCAAAUCCUCCUCCAUCACACCCGCCAUCUCCUCCUCCCCGAUCCGACGUAGCUCGUGCGGUGAUCAGUUUGCCAACCGUCAGCAACAGCUGUACCGCAACCAUACGGUCAGCUACCCGCGCGACACUGGCCGUCGGUACUACGUUCACGAGCGCAAGGACAGCGAGGAUCUACUAGCCAACCUACUCAACCUACGGGACCUCUUGCUGAACCAAAACGUACACGUGUGAUAUACUGUUUUAAUGUGUAGCAGACUAGAGCUCACUUUUAGUAGGCUGGCAAUUGCGUGCGGAUAACAAGCAUCCGUGUAACCAUAGGAACCACGGGUGUUUUUCCUUUGCUACUUUUUUUUCUAUUGUGAAUUUUCGUGCAAGUGUCCGUAACCAGCAGACGCAGGAGGUAUCUGAUAAAUGUUAGGGAUUAGGUCAUACAUACAGCAUAAAACAAACAGUUUUGUCUCGUACUACUCUCAAUGGGGUUCUAUAUAGCAAGCUCUUCGUUUUUAUCUAUCUGUGUAAGUUAUUUUGUGUGUAGCAAUUCUUGUUGAAAUAUUUGUAACAACGGAAAAUCGACAGACCUCUACCCACCGGAGAUCAUUGUUGGAACGGGAAACAAGCAUCCCAAGGGAAUGGGGCAGAAGUAGGAGGUUUUUCGAAUACUACCUGAUGGCCAAUAUCAUGCUGGAACGGUAAUUGUGGAUUGUGCUGAAACCGAAAGCGCAACGCUACCAAUAAUUGUACUAUUUAUUUAUUUCUUUUUUGACACAUCAUACACUAUCGAAGCAAUCGUGGUGGCCGUUUUUCGUUUUAUUUUAUUUUAUUUGCUUUCGGUAAUGUUGGCGGAAACCAUGGUUACUGUGACCAGCAGCCUGGCUUGCAGUUGAGAACAUAACAUAACCUUCGAAUGAACAGAGAUGGGACAGCCAAAAAUGGAGAACGGAAGGAACUAGUAAUUUAAAGCAAAACAAAAGGGAUGAAUCAAAAUCAGAUGAAAAAUAAAACUCAACUAGCAAAUGAAGAAAAAGCAGCAGCAAAAGAAGCAGUAGGAGCAGGGGAGAUGAAAAAAUGGAAACCAAAAGACUGAUUGUGUCCACAAAUUACAUUAAUUUGCAUGCGAGAAAGAGAGAGAGAGAGAGAUUGAUAGAAAGAGAGAGUCAGAGUUUUAACGAAAGAAAGAUUGAUGAAAAUGGAAAAAAAAAAGAUUAUGAACAGGUUCAGGAGUUUACAACAACACAGCGAAAAGUCUCCCAUUAUUUUAUUUUUUUUAUUAUGCAAACGUAAAAAAGAAUGUUAAUUGUCGAAUUAAGGAGAUAAUAAAAUGUAUGAAAACUGCUCAGAGAUGCAAUGGCCAUAUCUAAUUGUAGGACAACAAGAACAAAAGUAGGUGAAUGAGAAAAGGCAAAAAACUUUCUGCUCAGCGAAGGUUUCAAAACAAUCGAACGGUAAUGUGAAAGACUAGUUAAAAUAUGAACUGAUAAAUGUCGAAUGAUGCGAUCCAAUAACACAACCCAACCGGGAUCGCAUUACCAACUACAAACAACUCAUAACCCGUCAACCUGAGAUAUGAAACAUCCAGCAAACUAAAAAGCAGACCUGUGUUU